AUGGGUUCAAGAAGAUACGAUUCGAGAACUACGAUUUUUUCUCCAGAAGGUAGAUUGUACCAAGUUGAGUAUGCUUUGGAGUCUAUUUCGCAUGCAGGUACAGCAAUUGGUAUUAUGACUUCGGAAGGUAUAGUUUUAGCUGCUGAGCGGAAAGUUACGAGUACUUUGCUGGAACAGGAUACUUCCACGGAAAAACUAUAUAAGCUUAAUGACAGAACCACUGUUGCUGUAGCUGGUUUGACGGCAGAUGCUGAAAUACUGAUAAAUACUGCCAGAAUACAUGCACAAAACUACUUAAAGACGUACAAUGAGGAAAUCCCAGUAGAGAUGCUUGUGAGAAAGUUAAGUGAUAUUAAACAAGGUUACACUCAAUACGGUGGUUUGCGUCCAUAUGGUGUCUCUUUCAUUUACGCUGGCUAUGAUGAUAGAUAUGGUUACCAAUUGUACACAUCAAAUCCAUCUGGUAACUACACUGGCUGGAAGGCUAUCAGUGUAGGUGCCAACACAUCAGCUGCACAAACAUUGCUACAGAUGGACUACAAGGAUGAAAUGACUUUGGAUGACGCUGUAGAACUAGCAUUGAAGACCCUAUCAAAAACAACAGACAGCAGCUCACUUACAUAUGACAGAUUAGAGUUUGCAACUUUAAAGAAGAAGGGUGAAACAGAGGAAUUUGAGCAGAAGAUAUUUAAACCAGCUGAAAUAAAACAAUUACUAAUAAAAACUGGUAUUUCCAAAAAGAGUGAUGAAGACGAAGAUGUAGAAAUGUCAUAG